GUCUAGAGAGAUGUGUACAGAGGGGCGAACAGCCUGGUAGUCAAGCUAGCUAGCUCGGAUUCUACCGAUUAUAGAACCGGGGGGGAACGUGGUCAUGUUGCAAACGGUGGGCUUUAUUUCGUAAAAGCCCAUAUUGGAAUACCGUUUUUUUUCCUUUCUAUUUGGAAGGAGGUUCGGGCCAUUGUAACGGAAUAGGGAAUUGCUUGGAUUUUACCAUCGAACCCGUGCAGCGGGGACUCCGGAGCGUCGCCUUCCGAAACAAGAAUGGGGUCUUGGUCCACACUGCUGCUUAUAUAGACUGGCCUUUGAUAGCGUUCUUUAAUGGCAAAUUUCACGAAUUACCAGGAGAGCCGGGGCGCAAUGUUGAUGUUGGAGCAAAGGGCAAUCGGUACGAAACCAGCCGCUGCUGCGGCCAACGGCGACACCUCGGUCGGGGAACCCCCUUCUCCGUUAAUUAAUAUCGGCGGCGGCGGCGGCUCCCGUUUCCAUCAACACUUGCCGCCCUCGAAUCACCACCAUCACCACAGCGGCCACCUUCUUUACCCUCAGACCACACAACCAAAGGAUCAACAGCACCCACUAGCUCACCACUACCAGGCCGCCCAGCACCAACACCUCUCCGGCGAACACAUCCAGGAGUCCCCGGUAAGAAAAUCAUCUUCUUCGUCUUUGAACCUUGUACACGAAGACCCUGUAGCUGCCGUUGCUACCACUAGCCAUGCAUACGCCGCGUCCCUGAGCGCCACCAAUUCGAUAGCCGCUAGUGCUAACGUCAGCGUCUCUACCUCAGACGUUGUGGACGAUAUUCGGAAAUGUGGAUACCUGAGAAAGCAGAAGCAUGGACACAAGAGGUUUUUUGUGCUUCGGGCUGCGAGCAAUCUAGGCCCCAGCCGGCUGGAAUACUAUGACAGUGAAAAGAAAUUCCGGAAUUGCCUGCGGUCUGCUGCCGCGGCCGCUGCUAGCGGUGCGGUCGCCCCUUCUCCCCCUAAACGAGUUAUUUACCUCUACCAGUGUUUCACCGUGAACAAAAGGGCGGAUUCGAAAAACAAGCACCUCAUUGCUCUGUACACUAAGGACGAGUACUUUGCUAUCGUGGCCGAAAACGAGCAGGAGCAAGAAGAUUGGUACGUAGCGCUCAGCGAACUGAUGAGUGAGGGGAAAAGGGGACAUCUGGACUCUGACGAUCUGGAUGACGGUUACGGCACCGUCACCCCCGGUACGGUAUUCAAGGAGGUGUGGCAGGUGCACGUGAAGCCUAAAGGACUGGGUCAGACCAAAAACCUCACAGGCGUGUAUCGUUUAUGCCUCUCCACGAAAACGAUUCACCUGGUCAAGCUCAACUCCGAAACCCCCUGUGUCAACCUGCAGCUGAUGAACAUCCGACGAUGUGGACAUUCCGAGAGUUUCUUCUUCAUCGAGGUGGGUCGUUCCUCCUCCAUAGGACCCGGAGAGAUAUGGAUGUACGUGGACGACUCCGUGGUCGCCCAGAACAUGCACGAGACCAUCCUGGAGACCAUGAAGGCCCUCAAGGCCUUUUCGGAAUUCCGCCCCAGAAGCAAGAGCCAGUCGUCGGGCACCAACCCCAUCGCUUUCAUCACCACCCGCCGUCACCUAGGCAACCUGCCGCCGAGCCAGACAGGCCUCCAGCGCCGCUCGCGGACCGAGUCAGUGGUCGGGACUCCGCCCUCCAGCAAGAGCACGGGCGCCAGCGGAUACCGCUUCCGCACGUCGAGCGAGGGCGAGGGGACGAUGAACCGGCCGUUCCGCUCCGUCACCGGGAGCCUUGUCCACCUCAACUCCGCCCGGCUCCACCUGGGACGCCAAGAGAGCGGGGCCGGCAGCACCGGGAGCUCCACCGGUACCGGAGGAGGAGGCGGUAGCAGCAGCAGCAACCGUUACGUCCGGGCCUUACCGGGCUCCACCUACCACGCUCGCUCCGCCUCUCUCCCAGUGUCGCACUUUCCCUCGGCCACUAGCCCGGUCAGCGUGUCCAGCAGCAGCGGCCACGGCUCCGUGUCCGACACGCUGACCCGCCCCUCCUCUGCCUCCAUCUGCGGCUCGCCCUCCGACGGCGGCUUCAACUCCUCCGACGAGUACGGCUCCAGCCCCGGGGACUUCCGCUACUUCCGGGUGCGCUCCAACACCCCGGACUCUCUGGGCAACACGCCUCCCAUCCGCGAGGAGAACUGCCUCAGCGACUACAUGGCCAUGGGCUGGCACCGCGAGGUGUUCGGCGGAGCCGGCGCCGGCAACGGCGGGGCUGAGACGCCGAGAGACGAAGGCGCGUGUGCGGAGGACGAGCGGUCGUCGUCGGCGACGAGACGGACCCACUCCUUCUCCAGGCCGGCGGCGGGCGGCGCCAGCGGCGUGGCCGUGUACCAGAAGAUGAUCCAGACGGCGUUCUCGCAGGACGAGGGCGUGGGGGAGGGCCUCUCUCUGGGACGGCCCCCUUCGUCCUCCUCGUCCUCACUCCGCUCCGACUACAGCUCCUGCUCCGAACACAGCCAGAACCGCCCGGCGCCGCCCCACCUACACCCCGCCUCCUCGUCCACGGAGGACAGCGGUUACGUGCCCAUGACGUGCAGCGUCGCCACGGCGUCACCCAGGGACGCGCCCCCCCCCGACUACAUGCCUAUGCAACCCGGCUGCUCCCACCCUCCCCCUCACCCCCGCCUCUCCUCCUCCCCCCUGCUCCACAGCCCUGUCCUCUCCCGGCGCUCCCCCCGCCCUCACCCCCAGCCCACGGACUCCCACGGCUACAUGAUGAUGCUACCGGGGGGAGGCAACUCGUCCUCCCCGGUGCAGGCUUCCCCCAGCCCCCAGAGCGGCGGCGGCACGGCAGGGGGGCCUGGAGGUAGCGUUAGCGCUAACGCUAGCGAGCGGCCAGAGAACGGGGAGUAUAUGGACAUGUCGUACAGCGUUGGAGGGGGGAGGAAGGUCCCCAACGAGGGCUACUUUGCACUGAGCACCCCAGGCACACCUAAGUCUUACAGCCCCUACUUCUCCCUCCCCCGCUCCUACAAGGCCCCCGCCAGGGAGAGGGACGAGAAGGAGCUUGGGGAAUACGUCCCCAUGUGCUCGCCGGCCAAACCGGUGUAUUCCUCUUCCUCCUCCUCCUCCGCCUCCUCGUCCACCCCGGAGAACAGGGGCGGGAUGGUGGGUAUCACCCCUCCGUCUCACCCCCCUCCCCCGUACGGGGCUCAGCACGUCACGGGGCUCGACCGGCGGGUGGUACGACCCAACCGCCUCCCCCUGGGCAGACGGAGCUUCCACGGGUCCCCGGCCAACGGCAGCCCCGCCCACGCCCCCGGCAACGUCUCCGCGGCAACCGAGGGCCCCUCCAGCCCCGGGGAGUACAUCAACAUUGAGUUCGGGGACCAGUACCCCUCCUCUUGCUCGCUGUCUGCCCAGGAAGGGGCUCCCUCGCUAGGCCCCGGGGACCCCCAGCGGUCCCCCCCCCAGGCCCCAGCCCCCCAGCAGGACUACAUGAGUGUGGACGUGGUGCCCAAACGCCAGAGCCCUCGACCCUCCCUUGUGGCCCCCUGGAACCCUCCCAGCUACAUCCGACCCCUGGCUACGGCUUCCGGGCCACUGGCCCCUUCCUCCGGGGGUCACUGGAAGUCGGCCGGAGAUGAAUACACCGACAUGACCUUUGGGCUGGGUGGCAGCGAGGGGGCGAGGGGGGGGUCGCGGAGCCCCACAUCCAUGCUUCAGCACCUGUGCGUGAUGGAGGGCCACUACCAGGCCCUCACCCUGGCCCCGACCUCCACCCCCACCGCCCCCCUCUCCUCCAGCCCCCAGACGGAGCCGCCCAAAGUGGUGCGGGCCGACCCUCAGGGGAGAAGAAGACACAGCUCUGAAACCUUCGCCUCCACCCAACCCCCAUCCGCCACCAGCCCCGCCGCCCCCAACGGCGCCCACCACCCCCCGGAGGCCUCACGUUGGCCCGCCUCCGGCUCAUUCGACAGCGUCUGGAUGUGUGUCGAGGGCCAAGGGGGCUUCGCCGAUCCCCUAGCCCAGCCAGGGGCCUCCGAUGUGGGCCUGGCCCCCGCCGGCAUGGGCCCCUCUGGAGGAGGGAGGGUUUGCCACCAGAACGGACUGAACUACAUAGCUCUGGAGCUGAGGGAUGAGGCGGUGCCCGUGCCCACCGCCGCGCCGCACCUCAACCGGAGUCACCGGGACGGGGGGACGGGGUCUCCGACCGGGGCGCUGCCGUUACCGGAGAACGGGGCGUACGCCAGCAUCGACUUCUCCAAACCGGACGGGGUGACGGCCACGUCGAAAGACUAGAUGGAUAGAGAACACACUCUCCUGAGCCACCAUGUGCUUGUGAUCAUCGGCCCCUCCCACCUAUGAUGUCGUCGUUCCCCCCCCCAUGUCUGGGAGCCACGCCCCUAUCAACCCCGACAGCAGCAACAGGAACAUCGCCACGACAACAGAGGCAAAGGAGUCAACUCUGGUGUUCUAUGUUGUUCUAUUGGACUCAUUUUCAACUUUUUGGGGGGUUCAAAGAAACAUAUAUAUAUUUUUUUUUUUCGUUUUGUUUCCUUCUCUUGUGAGCUGGUUGAGUCUUUGGCUCAGUAGCAAAACGAGACUUUUAACACAGCAGCGACUGAUCCACGUCAAGCUGCCACGUCAUUGGCCGGAGAUGCCCCGGCGCUCUGAUGUGAUUGGCUGACGUGCAAGAAGCACACGUUGAAUCUGAGCAUUGAGCCAAAACGAUACAUCCAACUUUACGAUGCUGUACGGUACACACAUCCAACAAUGAGGCUAACCGGAGGCUAGUUUCCCAUAGGGUUUCACUAGCAUUGGCGCUACUAGCCUCCAGCCUGGUUGCUAACAAGGUCCUGUUUUACUUUGCCACUGUGGGUUUGGUUUUUCCCAGUUACAUUUCACUGUUUACAUGACACUUUAGUGUUUGGAUGGUGCUGGUCAACAUACAAGACAGAACUUAUGGUACUUUGUUUUUUUCUUCUCUAGAAUGGUGUGAAUUACAGUUCUGGUAAAGUGUGUGUGACACACACACACACAGUGACACACACAUACACACACACAGAAUGGCUGCUUUAGUCCCUGUUAACAAUUUGUAAUGACUCCCUCAGUUGCCACUACAUGAAUCACACUCUCACACGUCCACACACACACACACACACACACACGGCUGUGCACACACACACACACACACACACACACACGGCCGUGCACACACACACCAGGAACCCAGGCAGGAUAGGGUUCAGGGGCUCUGGGACCCCCAAGGACUGGAAAUGCCCCCCCCCCUCCCUCCUUUCCUUCCUUCCUUCAAAUAAAUUCAAAUAACUGUCACCAAUGAAUCAACAAAGCCAGUUAGGUCGUCUCUUAUUACGACACAUCAUCUGCUCAUGUGACUGAUCUGAUUGAUCACCUAUGAUUUACCAAUGUAUUGAUUCCAUCUAGGGAUUAACCUCUUUUGAUUUACCUGGAAAGGAAAGUGGAGACAUAAUUGCUAAUAUUCCCACACACACCAAGGACUUUAAAGGUACUGCAUCAAUAUGCAACUUCACUUUUUUUUCUUCUUUUUUUUUAAAUCUAGUUUACAGAGGAAAAAAAUAAUAUUUUUUGGUGUUGACGUUUUGAUUGAACUUGAGAGGAGUUUCUUUUGUUCAUCUUGUUUUUCAGAAAAAGACUCACCGGUAAAGGAGAGAGGGGAUAACUGCUUUUUUGAGCACACAUAGCGGAACAUUGUGCAGUUUUUGUAAAAACUGAAAAUUAAAAACUCUGCCUAAUGUUUUGUAACUCUUACAUUUUAUUUGCUGCUGUGUAGUACAAAAAACAAUGAUUUGGAAUGCUGUUGAUGGCUACCAUGACUACGACAACAACUAGGUCGACGACAACAACAAGGGUGUUGUCGUUGCCAUGGCUACUUGUAUUAAAUAUAUUGUUUAUUUUUCUUUCAUUUUCAGAAUUUGAAUGCUGUUGUCAGUAGUUCAACAGAUAAAGGAAAGAGUUUAAGAAGUUUUCAAACUUUUGGACGUGUGCAGGCUUGUUUAUAACUCUCCUCUGCUGCUGUCAGUCUAAAUGAGAUCAAAAUAAAAAAUUAUUGAUCAAUUCCAACAAAUAAAAAGAUUGGGGGGGGGGGGGGGGGGGG